AUGCAGGUUUCCCAACAAUCUGCUCUUGCGGUGAGCAAUUUUGCGUCGGUUCUGUGCUGUUUGUGCGGUGUUCCAAUCUCCCCGAACGCGGCGAACACGUGCGCCACGUGCUUGGCUAGUUCGUCUGACAUUACCCGUGGUAUCAGUACGGAAGCAACCGUGCAUCAGUGCCGCGGCUGUCAACGAUGGCAUAAAGACGCUGGAAAAUGGGUUGCUUGUGAGCUGGAAAGUAGAGAGCUCAUGGCGCUUUGUCUGGCGCACGUUAGUGGACUGAAAGCUUCCAAGCACGGCGCAAAGGUUCGUCUCAUCGAUGCCGGUUGGAUUUGGACCGAACCUCAUUCGAUGCGACUCAAAGUCCGCUUGACAGUUCAAAGAGAAGUCGAAUCCGGUACAAUUUUACAACAGUCCUUUACUGUCGUCUUUGUAGUGAGGAAUCAACAGUGUAUCGAAUGCCAGGCCGAAUUCCGACAAGGGUCCUGGAAGUCGCUGGUGCAAGUUCGUCAGCGUGUCAGUCACAAACGCACUUUUCUUUACCUAGAGCAGCUAAUUCUGAAACACGGAGCUCAUCGUGGUUGUUUAAGUAUCGAAACUUUUCGGGAUGGUAUGGAUUUUUACUUUCCAGACAAAGGCAAGGCAGCUCGCUUUAUUUCCUUUCUCGAAAACGUGUGUCCCAUCAAAGUCAAGACAUCGAAAAAACUCAUUGGAACAGACGACAAAUCGAAUAUUUCCAACUACAAGUACACGAGCUUAGUGGAAAUUUGCCCCCUUUGCAAGGAUGAUCUGCUUCAUCUUCCAAUCAAGAUGGCACGCAAGUUGGGUAGCAUUUCUCGUCUCGUUCUUGUCAAGAAUAUUACAAAUGUGAUUCACCUUAUUGAUCCAUUGACAGGCCAAAUGGCACAAAUGUCCUCCGAAGCGUACUGGUGUGAACCAAUUCGUCCCUUGAUUACAGCUGCCCGUUCUCGCAUGACGCGUUACAUUGUGCUUGGAAAGGAACCGGUGUUUUUACGAACAAAUGUGUCAAAGCGAAUGACAAAUCGCAAACAGCGUACUAAAUUAGCUUGUGUCACGUUGGCACGUGAAGACGAUAUGGGCGUCAACAAUCAUCAGUACGAGGAACAAUCGCACAUGGGCUAUCUAAUGAAAGCAGGUGAUGUAUGUGUUGGCUACGAUUUGAAGGAAACACAGUUCGUCAGCGACGAAGCCGAGUCGCUCCGAUCGGAAUUGAAACUCCCCAAUGUGGUCAUUUUGCGCAAAUUGUACGGAGCCGUCGCUGCUGGAGAAACUAACGCUGUCAAGCGGCGAAUGUGGCGUCUUCAGCGCUUGGAUGUGGCUGUCGCCGAGACAGCAGCAACUGGUAAGGGCGUCAAAAACGCUGCCGAAGCCGAUGAAAUGGACGAAGAAGAUUUUCUGCAGGAAGUUGAGGCGGAUAAGGACAUGCGCAUGAAUAUGAAUGUUUACAAGAGCGACUUUCAUAAGAGAAAUGCACCAGCCAUGAUGGGAACCGAAGGAGACGUUAGUGAAUGUGAAGACGGCGAGGACGAUGAAGAUGACCAGCAGAUCACACUCGACGAGUUGCUAGACGGGCUGGUU